AUGAAGAGUCCAAUAUCGUCAUGGAAUGUUGCCAAUCGGCUCAAGAAAUGUCGGCUUCUUAUCGCAAUCAACACCAUUGCCGCUCUAUCUAUUUUCUUCUUCGGUUAUGAUCAAGGAAUGAUGGGCGGCGUCAACAAUGCGAAAGAUUACAUCGACCUCAUGAAAUUUGGCCAUACGGCGACGGUCAACGGCUCACCCCAUACGCCAGUCAUCACUAAUAGCUUGUUGCAGGGUGGUAUCGUCUCCGUAUAUUACUUAGGAACAUUGAUAGGAGCGUUGUUCGGUGGAUGGAUCGGCGAUCGGAUUGGGAGAAUCAAAUCUAUUGCCCUGGGUUCAAUCUGGGGCAUUCUCGGGGCCGGAUUGCAGUGCUCAGCGCGAAACCAUGUCUGGAUGAUCUUCGUUAUAGCGCGACUUAUCAACGGCUUUGGAACUGGUAUCCUGAACGCCAUCGUCCCUGUUUGGGCUACUGAAACGGCGGAACACACUUCAAGAGGGCAGUUUAUCGCCAUUGAAUUUACUCUCAACAUCUUCGGCGUCGUCGUCGCGUACUGGCUCGAAUAUGGCCUUUCGUAUAUUGACAAUGGGGCUUCAGCUUUUCGAUGGAGAUUUCCCAUUGCAUUUCAAAUAAUUCCACUUCUCAUUCUGUUUGGAGCCGUUUGGUUUUUCCCUGAAUCGCCUCGAUGGCUGGUUAAAAUGGGUCGCGAUCAAGAAGCACGGUUCAUCCUUGCCCGUCUUCGCGGCGAUGAGGGCGAGGAUGUCUCUCGAGCAGAAGCAGAGUUCCAAGAUAUCAAACACGUCGCAGAGCUCGAGAAGACUCUCUCGUAUAGCACAUCUUACUUUUCGAUGUUUACGGGCCGCGGUUCGGGGAAACUACACAUUGGAAGACGGGUCGAGCUAGUCGUCUGGCUACAAAUCAUGCAGGAAUGGGUUGGUAUAGCUGGAGUCACCAUCUAUCGCAUGCAAGUGUUGACCGAUCAUUCGCCAGACGCGCCUACAAUCUUCCGAAUCGCGGGUUUCGGUGUUAUGAAAAGUCAGUGGAUAAGUGGACUGAAUAAAAUCUUCUACAUGGUAGAAAACAUGAUAUCGACAUUGAUUUGCGUCUUUACCCUUGAUCGCAUCGGUCGCCGAUGGACGCUGUAUUGGGGCUCCGUCGGGCAAGAAAUUGCGAUGUUCCUUGCUGGUGGUUUCGCACGAAUUGCGAUCAAUGCUACGAACGCGGGCGAUGCCUCGAAGGCAUCGCAAUUCGGAGCUGCAGCUGCAUCCAUGAUUUUCAUUUUCACGUUUCUGACUGUGCCUUGGCUGUAUCCUGCCGAGAUAUUCCCGCUGGCGGUGCGAGGGAAGGGCAAUGCAUGGGGAGUGGUGGGAUGGAGUGUUGGGAACGGCUGGUUGGUACGCAUUAUUCUUGAGACUUUGCCCUCAUGCUCGAUAAAAAACGCUAAAGGGAUUAGGAAUCAGACCCUACUUUGUCCCGUGAUGUUCGAUUCGAUCGGAGAAAAGACUCUCUAUGUUUUCGCCAUCAGCAACGUCAUCACCAUCCCUAUGGUCUGGGCGUUUUAUCCCGAAUCAAACCAGCGUACGUUGGAAGACAUGGAUCUCCUGUUCGCUGCGGAUUCCCCUUGGGCUUGGGACGCGGAGCGCACCUUUGCGCAGCUCAAACAUGAGAACCCUAAUUUCGCCCAGGCAACGGCGCAGUUGAAGAAUGGGGAACUGGAUGAGGAGGCCGGGAAGCUACAAGUCGCAGCGUCCAAGGAGAUGCAGAAAAGCAGUAAUUAA